GGGCGGGGCCGGGGCGAGGCCAGUGACUUCCGGCCAGGCGGUUGUCUGGGCGGCACGGUCCUCGCCGCUGCGUCCGUUGCGCUCGCUCAGCCUCUUCCCCACCCCCGCCGGGCGCGGGGGGUCGGCCCAGACCUGCCCCUCCCUCGGCUGCGAUCGGCCCUUCGGAGUCCCGCGCUGGGGUCCAGGGCGGCGGGGGCCGGCUCCGAGCGGCCGGGGCCUGCGAGGGCCCGCCGCCCGGCCUCAUGAGACACAGCCUGACCCAGCUGCUGGCGGCCUCGGGCGGCGGCUCCCCAGUCCGCAGCGAAAGCCCGGAGCCGGCCGUCGUCCGCGCGCGCUCCCCGGCCCCGGCCCCGGCCCCGGCCCCCGCCCGGGCGGCCUCGGGCUGCGAGGCGGAGCGCGGCGACGCGGGUGAGCGGGGCGCGGGCGCGCGGAAGGCCGGGCCCCCGCCGGAGGACAUGGAGGAGGAGGCGCUUGCCGGCGGCCCGGGGGAGGACGCGGACGCCAUGGACUUCCUGUCGGGCCUGGAGCUGGCCGACCUGCUCGACCCGCGGCCGCCCGACUGGCCCCUGGAAGCAGGACUGGGCUCGCCGGGCCCUCUGUCGUCCUCGGGCGGCGGCUCGGACGGCGGCAGCCGCUGGCGCGGGGACGACGACGACGAGGCCGCGGCCGCCGAGAUGCAGCGCUUCUCGGACCUGCUGCAGCGGCUGCUGAACGGCAUCGGCGGCGGCGGCGGCGGCGACCGGAGCGGCGGCGACAAGCGGCGGAGGAAGGCCCCGGCCAGCGGCGGCGGCGGCGACCACACACCGGCGGCGACCAGGAGCCCGCGGAAGGCGGCGGCGGCCGCCGCGCGCCUCAACCGGCUCAAGAAGAAGGAGUACGUGAUGGGGCUGGAGAGCCGGGUGCGCGGGCUGGCGGCCGAGAACCAGGAGCUGCGGGCCGAGAACCGGGAGCUGGGCCGGCGCGUGCAGGCGCUGCAGGAGGAGAGCCGCUACCUGCGGGCCGUGCUGGCCAACGAGACGGGCCUGGCGCGCCUGCUGAGCCGGCUGAGCGGCGUGGGACUGCGGCUCACCACCUCGCUCUUCCGGGACGCCCCGGCCGGCGACCACGACUACGCGCUGCCGGUGGGCAAGCAGCCGGCCGAGCCGCGGGAGGACGACGAGCCGGCGGGAGGCGUGUGUCUGCAUGUGGACAAGGAUAAGGUGUCGGUGGAGUUCUGCGCGGCAUGCGCCCGGAAGGCGGCGUCCACUCUGAAAAUGUAGGGUCAAGUAAUCUGCUCUUUACCCGCGUUUACCCCUUUCAGCUCCCUUACACCAUGUCAAAACACUUUAGUGGGACAUCUUCACCUGGACACAUUUCAGAGGAGAAAAAAAAAAAAGUAAUAUUGAGUCUUUUAAGUGGUUAGCUAAAAGCAUGAAUGUGACACUGUAACCAACUCCUAAUGAUAACAUGUGACUAUUAAAUCUCUCUGACAGUUUCUUUUUUAGGUGAUUUCCUUCCUUCCUGCCAGGCUCCGUUGUAGGGGUUACAGAACAGUCGUUCCCGCCUCACCACCUGGUAAGGAUCCAUCUCUUCACGUAACGCUCAUGCUCUGCUGCUUACUUUAAUGAGCAACAUCUCAAUUUGUUGUGUGUGUGAAUUUUUUUUUUUUCUAUUAUUGGAAGGCGGGAGGGAAAUCGAAUUUGGGCCCUGUCCACCCUGGAAACAGACUUGUGCUGGUCAAUAAUGUAUUAAAGAUGCUUCUUCUGGUUGAAAUAGCUGUUAAUGUGUCCCCUUGUUCAGACUUGCGUGUACCUAGCUCUUCUGUCCCCAGUGUGGACAUGGCCUUGGAUGACACCGGUUCCAACUGUACACUGAAAGCUGCUAAUAGAGAUACAGUUUGGAGACAGUGAAACAGGUGAAGUUGAAUGGAAGUUCCGAGUUGUACAAGGUGCAAAUUGGAAUUCCAGUUUUAGAGCAACUUUUCAGAGGUUGACAAGUAUUUGGGGCAUGCACAAAUGUGACAGUUACUUGGCUGGAGAUGACAGAUUUCUUAAAUAUUCACGAAGACUUUAUAACUUUCAGUAGAUUUAGAAACCUGAUCUAUUCAGAGUAACAUCUUAGUAUCUCACCUGUAGAGAAACAGUUGCAAGUUAAUGGGCAUAUCAGACUUUUGUGUUAGCUAAUUUAAGGAAGACUAAAAAUGGUUAAUGAAAUGUUUGAGGACCAGCACAGUGAUUACCCUAUCACUGAGUAUGAAGAAAUUGUUGAAGACCUUUAUUUUUGCUGUGUUAAACUUUUCGGUUAAACUUAUGUAUGAUUAGAUAUUGAAGGUUGUGAAAUGAAUGAAAACGUGUAAAGUGAGGCUUCACAAAGAAUCUUAUUUUCGGUGUUUUGAAAGUAUUUGUCUUAUUUAAAAAUAAGUGGAUCUAGCAACUUAAUGAUAUAAUUUAUGCGUUUUGCAAAGACGGGACAUAUUCUUCCCUUGAAGAAUUCUUCCCUAAUUUCUAUUAUCCAAACAUGGAACUUGAGUUGUAUCUUUGAAUUGUCCCUUAGUGGGGAAGCUAGUAAGAAAUUCUUUGUGAAACAUCACUGUUUGAUAAAGCAUAUACGUAUUUAGCAUCCUUGUUUUUCUUUGUGCUAAAGUGGAUACAGCUGUUGGGGCAGAAGAGUCGGGACCAGCUGCUGGCCACAUUUCCUGCUUUAUUUUAAAAGGUAGUAUAAGAAAUGAGGAAAAAAGAGGUAAUACCAGGGCUUCUGCUGUCUUUUAUUUUAAAUUGUCUAUGAUUACGUAUUUUCCAGCAGUCCAAAGAUGUAAGUUACCUUACACAUAAAGUGUUUUGUUUUGUUGUUACUUGGUUAUGAAAAUGGAAUUCUUGUUCUUGCACAACUGUAAAUGUUUUGUUGCUAGACAAUACAAUUUGAGACCUAAUAUGGUCUCUGGUUUCCAGUGCAUCACAGCAUAUUUUGUAAAAUCAUCUACUGCACUUGAGCAUGAAUGGGUAGUAGCCAAACUCACGACCUGGAGUGAUGAACCUAAGUGCAGGAGGAGCAAGCCCCUCAAAAUGCAGCUGCAUGGAUUUUUAGUGCCUACUGAAUUAUAUAUAUAUAUAUAUAUAUAUAUAUAUAAUAUAAACCAAAAGUAGUUGGAAAAGUUAUUUGAAAUGACUAAUUUGUGCUAUCUUUAUGGAAUAUGUUAAAUGUAGUUUUUUGAAACAGAAGCCUUGAAUUGAAGUUUAAUUAAUACUUGAACAUUUUGUAUAUAUUUCUUUGUAUAUAAUUUUGUGCAGUACCAAUGACAAAAAAUAUGGUGUCAUAAUAAAACCAGGUUUGUUGAUCUUUCAGUUAUGGGCUCAAAGAAUUUAUUCAUCUCUAACAUGACAUUGGAAAAUAAUGGAUGAAAAUAGGAAAAAUGAUUGUUGUUAAUGCUGACUGUGGGUCUUAAAAGGUUCUGGAAGCACUUAGCAGUGUCUGCAAAAACGAAUCUUUUCCUACAACCUGUUAACUGACUGGACUUGAUGGUAACAAAGUAAUUGUGGGAGCCAUGUCGGUCAAAAAUUUGGCAUCUGCUGAAAAAAAAAAAAUGAAUGCCAUUUCCAAGUUCCCAAAUUACUCCUAUACUGAUUUCACUUUCCAAAAAUGGAGAUUUGAAAAGGUUCUCUGGAAUCCUUGAAAGACUUAAUAGAAACACAUUUUGGAACAAAAUUACACUUUUCCCCCUCUUGUCUUUCAUGGGAGCGAUAUUCAGUUCUUUGCUUAUCUUUUAAAAACUGUAACGAUUGGAGAAGAGAAUUAAUAGUAUUUCAUUAAGGAGUAUUAGGGCUCUUUACAUAGUCAAGCAAGCCCAUUGUGUGGAAUUAUGUCUAGUGGAUUAGAAGUAAUAAGAUAUCAGUGAUCACAAGGCAUCAUAUGAGUUUGUGUAUUUCCUGGAGCAUCAGAGUUCAUCUGCAGUAUAGACAGACCUUGCCAAGCAGAAUUAAAAAUUCUGUAAAGUCCUUAUAUUAAAAGAGCAGUCUUAAAUAGAUCCACUGAUUUGUAUAUCUUUGAGAAAGUUGAUCAUGAUAAAAUGUGUGGGUAGUUGAUUGCAAUUCAGGGUAAUAUCAGGAUGCUGGGAUUCAGAGGUUUUGGUGAUCUACUCAGAAUUCUCUGAGUACUUGUUACUUUUGGGAAUGUUUUGAGGUUUCUGAUAAAUGGUAUACUAGUUUAUACUGUCUUAUAUUAAAAUAUUUCUAGUGUUAUGUAAUGGUUUUAGUAUUCUGGAUGAUGGGAGUGACUUUAGUGGAAUAUGGUGUUUUACAUAAUUGAAACAUUUCCCCCCGUUUAUUAUAAGUGUGAAAAAAAAUCCCAAACUCUGGAUUGUUCUGUUUCAUUUUUGUUGGAUUGUGUUAAUACAUUGUUUAACCUUG